UUGAUGUACAGUAUUAAUAAAUUAAUAAAAAUACAGUUCAACCACAAAAAUAUGGUUGAACAAGAGUUCAAAAGUUGCAGGUGACUUAAACAUAUAAUUUUACUGUUACUGAUAAUUAUGUUUUCCGCCAGAAACACAACAAUCACACACCACAUUUCACAAUAUUACAACACCAAUGACUUGGCCUGAGGCCCAGAGUUACUGCAGACAACAUUACACAGACCUGGUCAGUGGACUGGACCAGUUGGAUGAUCCAACCGUUGUAUCUCAAAGCUAUGUGUGGAUCGGUCUGUUCAGAGACACGUGGAGGUGGUCAGAUGGGAGUAAUUCCUCAUUCAGAAACUGGGAAAGUCUUGGAGAUUUGGUUGAUGGAGAAAGUGACAAGACAUGUGCUACUGUGUUAAACACAGCAGGAACAUGGAGCUACGACUAUUGUUCUACAAAGAAACCCUUUCACUGUUAUGGUGCUGCUCCAAGUAAACAAGUGGUGAGAGUGAAGCUGGCUGCUGACCCCUCUGUGAACAUGACAGACCCUGCUGUGACUGAGUCCAUGUUGAAACAGAUUGAAGCAGCUUUUAGAAAUAACGGUGUAUCUGUGAAACUGAGCUGGAGGAAGCUCCCUGACAAACUACACACCACCAAAGAACCUGAGAGACCAGAACCUGAACAGGACAUGUGCCAUUUCAUUCGCAUUUCAGUAUGCAAUAGUCAGGUGUCUUUACAAACACUGAAUCUAUUCUGACUAUGAAUAAAUGAUUCACUGUAGCCUCUCAGUAGAAGACACACCUUUAAUCAUAGUCUCAGUGACGUUUACCAUCACAAUCUGACUUCCCCAAGUUUUAACAACCCAACUUUUUCUGAUCUUCACAUCUGUCUGAAGCUGUGAUAUACCUUCAUUCUAAUUUUCUAUAAACCUCAAAGUUAUUUAUACACUUCACAUUUGGCAUAUCAUUAAAUUAAAAUAUGGAAAAUAAAAACAAACAUUAGUUUUAGUCAGUACAUACAAUGAAAGACAGCCGCUGCUAGAUGACAUAGAUGUGUUUGUUACUUUGAUAUCGCCUUACAGUACCUGUCAGUAGAACUGUAUGUUUACAAACCAUAUAUUUUACAAAAGGUGGCCAGUUCAGUCCCAGUUCAAACUAGCUCCUCAGGUGCCACCAUGUGUGGCAGCCCACUGCUAAAAGGCAGAGGAGACAAUGUCCCCAAGGGGAUCAAUAAAGUAUGUUUCUUAUCUUAUAUCUUAAAGAAUUUUCGCCAAUAAACACAUUGUCAUAAUGGUGAUCUAUCUAAAAGAUAAAUUUGCAAUCAUAGAUCUUGUACUGUUUUUAAAGCUGAUACCACAAAUCAGAACUCACUCUCUUAAACUGCUGCAUGAGACACCCUGAUGUAGUUCUGUGAUUUGUGACAUACAGUACUUCUGUGAAUCACAGAGGGAUUGUGUUUUUUUGUUUUCUUUGUCCUGGUUCUUUUCAAAUAACUUGAGGUCCUUUAUGAUUAAUAGUGAUGUGCUUUUAGGCACACUGUCCUCAGGCUCCCGCUUUAUGUUUUAUGUAAAUGUGCUAUUGUUUUAAUUGAUUUUAUUUGAUUUGUACAUUUAAUCUACAGUUUUUUUGACUCUUUGGUUCUUGCACUUGUUUGGAGAACAAAUAUUUUCAUAUAUAUUUCUGAGAAAUGGCUGGCCAAGUUACGCUACACAAGUGCCAACAAAUGUCAAACCUAUGCGGUAGGAGAGACGCUUUCAGUAUACAGUAUUUCACUGUAUGAAAAUAUGAUUCUUUAUGCAGAUAGGAGAGAUGAGAAGACAGAUUUUAGAUUGACUCCACAAUGGUCACAUGGGUUAAGUGAGGUGCCGCCAACGUGCUAGAAUGAGUGUUUGGUGGCCAGGAAUGAACAAAGACCUGCAAACCUGAAUUGAAGCUGUAAACAUUGUCACAUGACCAAAUCAUCCCAGCAGAUGGAGCCACUUCUACCAGAACAACCCUGGCAGAGAGUUGCAGCAGACAUCUGUGAAGUGCAUGAAAGACACUACCUUGUCGUAGUAGACUACUUCUCCAGGUACUGUACAAUGAAAUAGCUUCCAGGUACAUUGAAAUAGCUUUCCUGACAAGCAUGACUGGAGCAGCUGUGACAGCUCACCUCAGCACCUUUUUUACAAGAUUGGGUUGCCCAACCACUUUAGUCACCGAUAAUGGACCACACUUCUCAGAGCAUGAGUUUGCCAAGGUCUAUGAUUUUCAACAUUGCAAAAAGCCAACAGUGAAGCUGAGAGGGAUGUGAGGACUGCAAAACACAUCCUGAGACAAACAGAUCUGAUGAUGGCUCCUCUAAGCUACAGAGGUAAACCCAUACAAACCUCUAGAUUAACUCCAGCACAGUUGGUGUCACCAAAUGCACACCCUGAUUCCAACGCUGAAGAAGAACGUCACACCUCAGUGUCCAGAUAUUGCUGUAUGGUCAUUUCCAAAGUGCUAUGACAACAAUUAAACAUGCACAACUAAUUUAAGUGCUGCUGGUUCCACCAUCCUGUCUGUUUUGCUGUUAGUGGUACAGUACAGUUCAAGACACUGUCAUGUGAAUAAACAGGGAAACAACUUCAACAGGGUUGAAAUUACAAGACUGUACUGCAGUUCAGUUGACAGUUG